AUGGCUAAAGAAUUAUCUAAGAAAGAAACAUCAGGAGAACUUAUUGAUAAACAAAUGACCGUACUGAAAGCUAAUACAGAGCUUAGCGAACCAGAAAUACAAAAAUUUUAUAGUGAUUUCAAGAACGAAUGUCCAUCAGGCACGAUGAACAAAGAGCAGUUCUACAAGUUUUACAAGAGAAUUCUGGUUUCGAAAGAGAAAGAUCUUAGUUUUGUCGAUAAUAUGUUUGCAGUAUUCGACCAAAAUCAUGAUGGCUCAAUCGCUUUUAGUGAAUUUGUAUUAACUUUGGCCAUGCUAAAAAAGCGUGAUUUGAAUGGUACACUCAAUCUUGGGUUCGAAAUGAUGGAUAUAUCAGGCGAUGGAUAUAUUAGUUACGAUGAGAUGGUUGACUUCUUAGAGAAAAUAACAGAACAUAAGCAAGAAGCAAUUUAUAGAUGGAUGCAAAAAUAA